GCCAGCCUUCUCUACUACGCAGGCGCAGUGCCACUUACCCGGCAUGGAAGUGGUGGGCCUCUUGUGUAUGACAACUGCGGUCCUGAUAUGGGCCCUUCUUUGGGUUUGGGACUCCUCAAAACUAAAGAGAACUCGGGAGAAAGCUGGUCUGCUGGGAGCUGGGAGCCAGACCCUACUAAUGAUUGCGCACCCAGACGAUGAGGCCAUGUUCUUUGCUCCCACGGUGCUAGGCUUGGUCCGUCUGAAACACCAGGUGUCCCUGCUCUGCUUCUCGGCAGGAAAUUACUACAAUCAAGGAGAGAUCCGUAAGAAAGAACUUUUGCAGAGCUGUGAUGUUUUGGGGAUUCCACCCUCCCGUGUAAUGAUUAUUGACAGCAGAAUACCUGUCAACCCAUUGCUGCUAUCACUCUCUUCAUGGGAAGUGAGGAGAAAGAGGAAGAGGGGCUUGGAAUACUGGUAUCUGACUCUUAAUCAUCUCUUUGAAGUAAGGGAUUUCCCAGAUGACCCAGGAGUGCAGUGGGAUACGGAGCACGUGGCUAGUGUCCUCCUCCAGCACAUAAAAGUCAAUGGCAUCAACUUGGUGGUGACUUUCGAUGCAGGAGGAGUCAGUGGUCACAGCAAUCACGUUGCUCUGUAUGCAGCUGUGAGGGCUCUGCACUCAGAAGGGAAGUUCCCUAAAGGUUUCCCAGGCUGUGCUCAAACUUGCAAUCCUUCUGCUUCAACCUCCCAGAGUACUGGGAUUACAGGGUGUUCUGUGCUGACGCUUCAGUCUGUGAAUGUGCUGCGGAAAUACUUCUCCAUUCUGGAUCUGCCUUGGUCUCUGCUGCAAAUGCAGGAUGUCCUCUUUGUGCUCACCAGUGAAGAAGUAUCACGGGCCAAGAAAGCUAUGUCCUGCCACCGUACCCAGCUCUUGUGGUUCCGUCGCCUCUACAUUUUCUUCUCCAGCAGGCAGGUGUGUGCACAUACAGUGGCAGGUUCCAGUUUGGGUUCCUGGAAGAGGACAACACCAGAACUGGGCUCUCCUUGGUGCCAGGAGAGCACCAAGGGACACAGCACAGUACCGGGGAUCAAACUCAGGACCUUGCGCUUGCCAGGGAGGCGCAGCUCCACUGAGCUGCAUCCUGGGCCCUGUUCAAUUAUUUAUGUACAAAAAUCUACAUUUAUUCAAAUACAGUCAUGUAUUCUUCUGGAACAUCAGCAUAACUCUCCAAACCCCAAACUCUGGCCCUAAUUUCUUACAUCUCCAUUUCCUACAGAACCAUUGGCCCCAAUCUCUCAUGUCCAGCAAUAGAGCUCUCCUUAAACGGGCACUUCUGUCCAUUGAGCCUGUUCAUAGUCCAUCGUUACAACACACGACAUAUUGAAUUGUGAAGAUUCAUAUUAGACCCAGCCACAUCUACUUGUUAUCAAAUGUGCACAUUAUUUUAUUUGUGCACUGUCUCUGUACUCUGAUUGGUCAUUCAGCAAAAAAUCUCAAGUUUUCACAGGCAUAUUUCUCUCAUCCAAAUACCCUCUUGGGUAUUUAGAAAUACUUAAUAGUAAUUUAUAUUGUUUAAGUAUUAAUGUGAAUAUUAUUUAUUUUUAUUUAGUAUACAUUAGUAUUAUAAUUCAAUACAUCCAUCAUGAGUUACAACAGACGAAUUUAUGUACAUCUGUCUGGCUGACAAUCUUUUUUUUUUUCUGGCUGGCAAUCUUAACUGCAGCUUAUUUUGGGAAUACGGUUUAUGUUAUGAACAUUCUGAAAAAUCAUGGUAGGGCUUAUUUUCCAGUUAGGUCUUAUUUUCAGAGAAAUACAGUGUAUUUCCCUCCCUGGCUCUUCCCGUCAGUCUCUCUGCUUUCUAUCUGCCAUGCCUUGAGCAGCUCUCACCCACCAUCCCUCUCUGCCAUGCCAUCCUGUCUUGGAGCCAGCUGACUAUGGACUGAAAUAUGAGCCAAAAUAAACUCUCCUCACUAAAGUUGUGAGUGUCAGGUAUUUUGUCCCAGGAAUGAGAAAAGUACUUAAAACACACUCGCAGUCUGGUAAGACACAGAUAACUACACUGACAACUAUACUCUUGGUAUAGGCAGAGACCUGUGAGACCUGUGAUUGGCAAAGUAGGAAUGGAAGAUGGAAUUAAAGCCAUGCCUUACUCCACACUAUCUAGUAUGUGCUAAAGAGGCUUUUUUAAAAGUUUGUAUUUUCUGACUUAGAGAUUUUAUUUAUUUUUUUGGUACCAGGUAUCGAACUCAGGACCUUGCACUUGCGAGGCAGGCACAAUGUACUGAGCUAAAUCCCUAGUCCUAGGAAUUUUAUUUUUAAGAGAACUGAUCUCAAAGAAAAAAAAAUUUCUAAAUUGUCAACAACUUAUACACUGAGAAAUUCUUCACAGUAAUGUUUAUAAUUGGAAAAAAACUAGACUCAGGCUCCAAAUUCACUACUACAGAUGCAGAGGUGAUGAGAUAUCAACCAGGGAAAUGGCUACUGGGGAGUAGGAAGCUGGGGCCUGAGAGACAGUGAAAGAAAGACUUUUCACUAUGUAUUCAUAUAUUUUCUUACAUCUUGCAAAUUCUGUGCCAAAUACAAAAAGAAUUGCCCAAAAUAAUACAAUUAAAGUUAAAAAAAUUAUAA